AUGACAAUUGUCAGCGCUCCGGUGGAUAGCGUGGAAAUUCCGGAAGAAAAGUUUAAAAAAAGAGUAAAAGAAAUUGCCCAAGAAUGUAAGACAUAUCUUGCUUGUGAUAGAGAAAGAAAAUGUCAUAAAGCAGGAACAAGUACCAAUUUGCAGCAAGACAAAGAAAACAUUAAUGAAAAUAAGGAGACUAUCACAGCUACAUCUCAAAAUAAUGAUAUCAUAGAAAUAAGUGUUGAAACACAACACUAA